AAAUUGAAAAUGACGCAUGGUUUUCUUCUGAUUUACUUGCUCGUUGGAACCGUCAGUCUGCAAGUCCACACGUUUACUGCGCCGAAACGAGCUAGCCUUUCAUACUUCAAGCGAGCAGAGCAACCAUCACCGCAUCCAUUUUUAGAUUCAUCAUUGACGGAGGACUUAGAAAAACGGGCCAGUCUAUCCUAUUUCAAGCGAGCCAUUCCACCCUUGAAACGAGCGUCGUUGUCAUACUUCAAGCGAGGUCAUUCUGCAUUCGACGGAGAAGAAGAUUUGGAACAACCUUAUUAUGUCUACAACGUGGGUGUGUUGCCCGAAUCGGAAUCGGAAAUGGAGGAACGGCGCCCUGUUCAUCAAACUCAACACCAUCAUCCACAUCUUGAAAUGGACUAGGCGUAAUUGACUCACAAUUCCAGAACGACCCGGCCCGAUUCUUUGCAUGCUAUUUGUUUGAAAGCAUUUGGUUCGUCAGUCCAUGAAUUGUUGAUCACAAUACACCAUUUGCAAAGGAA